AUGGCUCCGGAAGGAAAGAGCCGUAAACCUGCAAGCAUGGCAACCGAUCCUCACACCGAAGACAGUUUUGCCAACAUUUUUCAUUGUGGGGAUCAUCUUUGCCCCUCUUGGUGGACUACUACUGUUUCUGAAAUAAUUAUCGAUUAUACUUAUUGUGAUUCUCGAGCACCAGAUUAUCCUAAAUAUGAGAAUAUCCCUGAAAAUUUUGUAGAAUCUUAUUUUCCUCAAUCAAACUCAACUGCUACUUGGAGUCGCGAAGUCUUUCGACCUCCAGAAGCGAAUUUUACCGAUAAAAAUGUUUGGCGUUGUCGUCUUCAAUUCACCAUUCCUUCAGAAUUAAAACCUCCGGUUUUUCUUUAUUAUCGUUUAACAAACUUUUAUCAAAAUCAUCGAAGAUAUGUCAAAAGUUUUGAUGCUAAUCAACUUAAAGGUGUUGCCGUUCCAGUGAGUACACUUAAAGGAGGCAAUUGUAAACCAUUAGGAGAAAAUGAUAAUCAACUUGCGAUAUAUCCUUGUGGAUUAAUUGCAAAUUCUAUAUUUAAUGACACUAUUUAUAAUCUCACACUUCUCAAUCCGGCCGGUGGAACUAAUGAAACUGAAAGUUACGAAUUUACUCAGAAAAAUAUUGCUUGGCCUUCAGAUAAGAAAAAAUAUGGCAAGACUCAAUAUAAACCAUCGGAAAUUGCCCCUCCACCAGAUUGGGUUGAUAAUUAUCCUAAUGGUACUUAUACUGACGAAUAUCCUCCACGUGACAUUUCUACUGACGAAACAUUUCAAGUUUGGAUGCGUACGGCUGGUCUCCCCGAUUUCAGAAAAUUACAUGGGAGAAAUGAUAAUGAUAUAUUGAAAGUAGGGACUUAUGAAGUACUUAUUGAUUACAAAUAUCCGGUAACUCGAUAUGGCGGCACUAAGUCACUGGUUAUUUCUACUGUCUCAUUCCUUGGUGGCAAAAAUCCUUUCUUGGGUAUCGCGUAUAUUGCAUCAGGAAUUGUAUGUGUAUUGUUUGGAUGCAUCUUCACAGCUAGACAUUUACAUAAACCAAGAAAACUCGGAGAUCAUACUUAUCUCUCUUGGAAUAAUCAACCAGCCAAGUAA